CCGCUGUCGCCUUGGCGCGUAUUAAAUGUAUUUGUCUCGAGUCGGAGAGAAUAUUUUUGCUUAUUGUCUGUAAACGUUUUGGUUGGAGUGGUUGUUUUUUCCCAUCUACUCUGUCUGUCGAACGAUAGCUAUGUCUUUCAGGCACAAUUCAAGCCGCCGCGAACAAGAGGAUGUCAGUGACUUGUAUGACAGGAGACGGCCCCCUGUAAGAUGGUCCCAGGGCAGGAAGCGCGGAGCAGACGGGAAGCUGAGACAACACGGAGAUACCGAGUCCACGGUGUUUGAUGAUGGAGAGAUCGAGAAACGCAAUCGCACGUACUCGGACAAUAGACCAUCUAGUUUUACAACUCCUGAGGGAGAUGGGCCCACCCGCAGGUGUACGGACUGGGGCAGUGCUGUGGAACAAGAAGAGUUAAGAACAGACGUCAGGAGAGAUAUGCAAAGGUACAGAAGAAGAAUCUUGGUUAAUGACUUUAAUGAAAGAGAAAGGACAAUCUCCUCUGAAAGCUCGGAUUCUAGAGAUUCACCUGUACCUACAGAAUUGGAAACGGAUGAAGGGGUGCUUAUGAGAAGACAGAAGCAGAUCAACUAUGGGAAAAAUACUAUUGCUUAUGAUCGCUACAUUAAGGAAGUUCCAAAGCAUCUUCGUCAGGCAGGAGUUCACCCUAGGACACCCAAUAAGUUUAAAAAAUACAGCCGGAGGUCUUGGGACCAGCAGAUACGACUGUGGAGGGUUACUCUGCAUGCGUGGGAUCCACCGGCAGAGGAAGGCAGUGACUUGCAAGCAAUUCAAGCGAUUGAUCUGGAUGACAUGGAGAUCCAGUCUGGGGCCAGCAGUUCAACAGAAUCAGGGACAAGUUUGCAGUCUGUGAAUGUGGGCAAAGCUCCUGCAACAACACCAGAGGAUACUUGUACUGGCACUCCUAACAAGAUGAGGCGCAUGGAUGCUCAAAUGGAAGCAGGGUUUGACUUGGAGUCAUGCUUGGUUGAAGCUCAGGACAACAGCUGGCUCUCUGCUUCGUAAUGUGCUGAUCCAGAAGAUACUUUAUUUAAAAAAAAUAAAAAAUCCCUUGUAGCUUAAAUUCUUACAGACUUUUGGGGGUGGGAGGUAAAAUGAGUGGGCCAGCUGAAAGCGUGAGGGGGAACAAAUCAAGCUGCUUGUGAUUUAAAGAGAUGGCACUUCAAAUGCUUACCUCUUCUUGCCUCUUUAACAAAACAGACAUUCUGAAGAGACAUAGUUCCUGUAUUUAGAUUCAAUUCUGGAAAUGUGUAAACUCACAUUAAUUUUGAAUGCGGCAAGUGUUCCAUAAAGCCAUUGGGAGGGAGGAGGGGACUUUUUUUUUUGCAUAUUUUACUUGGUUAUUUGGUUUGGUAAUUGUUUGAUGCUGUUUAUCCAUGUAUAGUAUGUCUUUUUUUUUUUUUUUAAGGGGGGCUGCUCAUUUUGGGUUGCUUACAUUGCAUGUUUAGAGGUGCAAACAUGUUAAAACCUAGUUUUUGCUGGGUGUUGGAAGGGAGAAUGAAAGCAAGUAAAAUCAUUGUCUGUUUAUACUGCUGGCAGGACCUUACUGCUGUUGGCUUAAUAAUAAUAACAAUAUGUGUUUUUUUUGUUUUUAAGAAUGGUACCUGAAUACUUAAGUUUUUGUAAAACUGGUGUGUGACUGUAUAUAAUUUUUGUUCAAGCACAGCUCACAAUUUUAUUGUAAAUAUUUGGAAUGAGUGUUGAGUGCUCUAAUAUUUUGAGUAAGUGACUAUUUUGGAAUGUUCCUGUGUUUUUCAUAUUGUUUAUUCUGCUGACUCUUGAAAUUGCUGUAACAGUAUAAUAAAUAAGUACAUAUCAUUUA